GAAAACAUCAUUACUUCAUCAACACCUUACAGAGACAGUCGAGAGCCUUGAGCACCUGUGUGUAAAUUCAGGAGCGACUUUUGCGCCAGAGUUGCAGCAUGUUCCCCACUUGGCGAUUCGAGUCAAGCCAUAACCACAUGGCUUUCGCUUAAUGCUUUGAACAUUUCUGGAGGACAUACAUUUUUUUCGUCUAAUGUGAGAUCGCAGUUUUCAUUGGAAUGAUGUGGACCUUACAUGACGGUGUUGGAUUUGUGCUCUUUUCCUGUUUGUCAAUUCAAGUUGGAUUAUCUCUGGACGGAAAGUUUACCGAUUUACCGUCUAACAUCACGGUAAGAGAAGGACAGAACAUUGAAAUGGCAUGCGCAUUUCAAAGCAUGUUGUCUUCGGUUUACUUGGAGAUCCAGUGGUGGUUUAUUCGUGCUCCAGAGGAACCGAUUACAAGCGAGGAGGACGAGGACGACACAGAGAUUGAGCUGAUCCCAGUCCCAAACCAAGAUGAAGAGGGGACCAAAAUAAGUACAGUUAAGGUCCAAGGCAAUGACAUCUCCCACAAACUGCAGAUCUCAGGAGUCAGCAAGAACGACGAGGGCCUGUACGAAUGUCGCGUCACGGACGCUAACUACGGAGAGCUCAAGGAAUACAAGGCUCAAGCUCACCUGACAGUCAACGCCACAGUCCGACCCCGCAAUCGGGCCAUUAAGAAAAGCUCGCCACUGCACUUGACUGAUAAGAAACCCCGCAAGAGCAGCUCGGCUUUGGGCCAGGACACCAACGGUAUGAGCUCAGACCAGAGGUCCCAGUCCACUUCUACCUCUCAGUCGUCAAACUCCAAAACAAUUAAACACAGCACAGGGACAGGUACGAGGAUAGCCACGAGUAAUGGACUUGCUGUUCUCCUGCUAACGUCUGCUCUCGUGAGAGGAGCGUUGCUUUAGUUUCAAGACAGUGACUCUUUUUCCCUGAAUCACUCUUAUUUCAAAGCCAAGAGAAAAUUGCCUGCAUUUCGGAUGGAGCCGAUGGCACAGUUGUCCCUUAUUUCAAACCACUACACGGCACCCACUGUAGUCGAAUGACCGUCACCAGAAGCACCUUUGUUUGGAAAGCCUACAAAACUGCCAUACCGGACACGUGCUUAUCUCUCCGAAUCAAACAGAAGACAAAAAUGGAUUCAGACUCUUAUGGGAUAUUGCACCCAUAUAUAUAUAUAUUUUUUGUUUUAUGUUGAUCUCCAGCUGUGAAUUUAAUACAUCCGAUGUUGGGAAAAGUCUAUAUUUGUGUAACAUAUGAAUAUAUGAACAGAUAUACGGUAUAUAAAAAGUGUUUGAUUUAAAGUCCCCUCCAUUAUGUACAGCUGCCAUUCAUUAGUGUAUUCAUAUGCAGAGACGGCCUUGUAAAAAAGAGAAAAUGACAGCACCACCGCUACAUAUUGUGUCUGGGUCGCUUAUUGAACUUUAACUAUGUGCUAAAUCUCAGUGUUUAUUCUGCAUUCAGCUGCAGAGCAUCAAUGCAGAUGUUUUUGCCUAAAUGUAUGUUUCUUUUUUCUUUGUUCGUUUUUUGGCAUAAUAAAUGUGAGUACUGUAUAUUCCUUUUUUCUUUGCCAUAUUACUUAUAUUGUACAUGAAAGAAUAGUGACUUUGCACUCGCAUGCCACGUGUCAUGUUGAGUUAGCGCGUACACAACUCAUUCACGUGAGCCUACGACUGGGAAACUGAAUUGCAAACAAUAAUGAUAAAGACAUCAUGCAAUUUCAGUUUGUUAUUUUGUGUUGUUGUCUUUAAAGAGAGGCGGGUCAGAGAAAUCUUUUGAAAUAAAUGUCCCGAGCCUUCGACCUUCAAAUCGCUACAGCUGUUGCAUGACCUUCAGCGCUAUUGAAUGUUGUGAUUGUGCCCUUAUAAACAUCUCUGACUCCUGCAUUUAAUGUUGAAGAUGAUUGCCUUCCAGCACUCCAAACAUCAGUCAAUUCCGCUUUGUGUUUACUGUCCUCAAAAUCACGUCUGUAUCAGAACCUUGGAUUUACACUAUAGCUGACAAAAAUCAAUAGUUGGGCAUGGCUGAUCAUUGGUUUUCUCUGUGUGUGUUUUUUUAGAUAAAGAACAACUUAUUUAUAUUUGUUGCUUUUCCUAAAUUGAUCUUCAUUAAUUUGCUGAUGAUCACAACUGUGAGUCUUUGCAAAUACUGCUAAAAUUGGUUCUGAUGUACCAAAGCCCCUCUAUCCAAUUUAAAAUCAUUCAAUAUCACCUGAGGUUUUAACAGCAGUGAACAUCAUUACAACAUAAUUACGAGAAACUGAACUAAAGUUGUCGUUGAAAGAUAUUCAGAUUAACCAUCCAAAUUAUUCCCAAAAGAAUAAAAAAGCAGGGCUGGGUCGCAACUCUUUUUCAACAAAGCAGAAGCUAAUGAUAUUUAUGUGAAAGAAAAAAAGUAUUUGUCAUUCAUUUCAAUUAAGUACACUGUAUAUCUGGAUAAAUUGGCAGGACUCAAAAAAUCUGGCCACUUGUUUAAGAAAUUCGUAGUUCUUAGUAAAAAGUAAUAGUACACCCAAAAAUGUAAAUUCUGUCUUCAUUGAUUCAUCCUCGACCUGUUCCAAAUCAGAUCUUCAAAACGUAACUUAAAAAAUGAGUGCACUAAGAUGUACUUUUAUGUUGACUUAACUCAAUAUGUGUUUCUUUCGUAACAUUGUUUUCUUAUUACACAAAAGUCAAAUCAAACUCAGAAUAAGGAAAAAGAGACUGGUCUCAGUGCUGGCAGUAGCACAGUUAUUGUUCAUUGGUGUCACAACAUACAUUAAGAAUUCUUUACAUUACUUGAUUUGUUUUAUUUUGUUCGGUUUCAGAGUGUAGGUUACCAAAGCAUUAAAGUUAUGCAUUUCUAAAGAUAUCCCAUUAUGCACUUCUCCCCAAACUUCUAAGCUAAUGGUUAACAGUACAAAAAACUGUUAUCUGAGAACAAGCCAUCGUGAAAGAAUUUGAUGUUUUGAAAAGUCUUUGAAUAUGCAGUUGAUGGAACCUGUGUCCCAUCUGACAUUCUUUUCUUGUAUCGAUGUGUUGAUCUUGUUGUGUUUUUAGAUCAUUCAACCAAAGACAGCUGAGAUGGGCACAUUGCGGUACUGUUUACAAAAUUCAUUAGACUCCCAUGUAUUAUGCCAAAUCUAUGCUUUCUCACACAUGCUAGCGUUGUUAAUGUUUGUUCGGUUUUGGAUUUCAAGGCAUAUGCAUCAAGAUCAACACACAUCAUCACUAAGCACCAACAUAAAGUUGGCAUUGCGAUGUACAUGUGUAUAUGAUUAAAUAUGGAGUGACAACCAAUCACAUACACUUCAUAUAUAAUUUACUUAAGGAGCAGCUUGAAAUAACAUUACAUGAAUUGUAAUGCAAUGUUAUGGCUGUGAUCCCACCCUGGUUCCUAAAUAACAAAAUAGAAAGGCUAACUAAAAAUAUGCCAUAAUGUUUCUUUGCGUAGUUAAAUGGGACACACCAUAUCUGGAACCUCUUGUCUAUAGAUUCAUUGGCAUACAUGACUUCAAAGCAGCUCCCCUUAACAGUUACAACAGUGUAGGCUUCUUGAUGUAAGCAGGUUGUUCUACAUUUUUCUUAAAAACAGCACUUUAAAUAGGGCGUACAAGUGAUCCAAAUCACAAUGUGCGAUGUAAAUAGUCCAAACACUUUAUCACGGUCCAUCAGCUGCAUUUUUACGCUGGACACCUGUAGUUACCCAUCGGAUGUUAUAAAUAACCAUCUCAUUUGAAAUGAUGAAAGUUCAGUUAUUGUAACACCAGAAAUACAGAGACAAACUCAUUUCAUGAAUAGGUUUAUGAAGUUUAAGGUAUUUGGAGUCAAUAUAUUUGAUGCCUUGUACAUCCUCUGUGUAAAGUCACUGUAAACUGAACAAGCAGCAUGAUUUAUUUCCAUUUCUAAUUCUUUCCUUUUUUACUCAGAAAGGAAAAUGUAUAUGUGUAUGGAAUUACAGUUACAAUUAAAUGAAAGUA